AUGGAGAGAAUGUGGAGUGAUGGUGAAGGAGAAGUAUUAAAUGCUGCCGUUUACUUACUUAUUCACAUUAUCCUGGGAGCCAUAAACAGUUUGAGAUCAGAAUACGAAGAGCAACCAGAUAGGCAGUCUAGUUCAAGUUAUGAAAGGAGAGAAGCUAACAAUCUUCGACAGAGAAGUUCAUCUCCAGAAGACAGGUAUGCAGAACAUGGGAGAUCCCGAUCACCUCAAGGCAGAGGUCAUUCAGAGCACAGCAGAUCUGACCGAGAGCAUUCAGCAAAGGGGCGUUACGGUGACAAAUAUAUGGAAUCCAGGGGGAGAGAAAGACAGGAAAGGGAGAGGGAAUCUGAUAGGAGAAAACACCGGAAGUCUCCUUCACCUGACAGAAAAAAUGCAGCAGAAAGAUCAGCACUGCAGAGCUCUCUUUCCCAUGAUGAACCCGCUCCAAAGAAGAAGAAAGAAGAAGUGGAUCCAAUUCUCACCCGUACCGGGGGUGCAUACAUCCCUCCAGCAAAGCUUCGGAUGAUGCAGGCACAAAUCACUGAUAAAAAUAGUUUGGCAUAUCAAAGGAUGAGUUGGGAAGCACUGAAGAAAUCCAUCAAUGGUCUCAUCAAUAAAGUGAAUGUUUCAAAUAUUGAGAAUAUUAUCCAUGAACUCCUUCAAGAAAAUAUUGUGAGAGGAAGGGGAUUACUGUCGAGAUCAAUUCUGCAAGCCCAGAGUGCCUCACCAAUCUUCACUCAUGUUUAUGCAGCAGUUGUAGCAAUCAUCAAUUCAAAGUUUCCAAAUAUUGGAGAACUGAUUCUCAAGAGGCUCAUUUUGAAUUUUCGCAAAGGGUACAGAAGGAAUGAUAAGCAACUUUGCCUGACAGCUUCGAAGUUUGUUGCACAUCUCAUGAAUCAAAAUGUGGCUCAUGAAGUUUUAUGUUUGGAAAUGUUGACAUUGCUUCUGGAAAGACCUACAGAUGACAGUAUUGAAGUGGCUAUUGGGUUUCUAAAAGAAUGUGGCCUCAAGUUGACUGAAGUGUCUCCUAGAGGUGUUAAUGCCAUUUUUGACCGCCUCCGUCAUGUUCUGCAUGAAUCAGAAACUGACAAGCGAGUUCAGUACAUGAUAGAAGUCAUGUUUGCUGUUCGUAAAGAUGGGUUCAAAGAUCAUCCAAUAAUUCCAGAUGGACUAGAUCUUGUUGAGGAGGAGGAUCAGUUCACCCAUAUGCUGCCUUUGGAAGAUGACUACAAUCCAGAUGAUGUUCUCAAUGUGUUCAAGAUGGAUCCUGAUUUUAUGGAGAAUGAAGAGAAGUACAAAGCUCUUAAAAAAGAAAUUCUUGAUGAAGGUGACAGCAACUCAGAAUCUGCUGAAGAUGCUGGAAGCAGUGAAGAAGAGGAAGAUGAGGAGGAAGAGGAGGAUAAGGAAGAAGACGAAGAUGGACAAAAAGUGACCAUCCAUGAUAAAACAGAAGUUAACUUGGUCUCCUUUCGGCGAACAAUUUACCUUGCAAUUCAAUCGAGUUUAGACUUUGAAGAAUGUGCUCACAAAUUGCUGAAGAUGGAUUUUCCUGAAAGCCAAACGAAAGAGCUGUGCAACAUGAUACUUGACUGUUGUGCUCAACAGAGAACAUAUGAAAAAUUCUUUGGUUUACUAGCUGGGCGUUUCUGUAUGUUGAAAAAAGAAUACAUGGAAUCAUUCGAAGCCAUUUUCAAAGAACAGUAUGAUACUAUACAUCGGCUGGAAACAAACAAGUUGAGGAAUGUUGCCAAAAUGUUUGCACAUCUUUUGUACACAGAUUCUCUUCCAUGGAGUGUCCUCGAAUGCAUAACACUGAGUGAAGAAACAACAACAUCAUCCAGUAGGAUUUUUGUUAAAAUAUUUUUCCAGGAGCUUAGUGAAUACAUGGGCCUUCCCAAUCUUAAUGCAAGGUUGAAGGAUGAAACUCUGCAGCCAUUCUUUGAAGGAUUGCUUCCUCGGGAUAAUCCAAGAAAUACUAGAUUUGCCAUCAAUUUCUUCACUUCAAUUGGUCUUGGUGGACUGACGGAUGAGCUACGUGAACAUCUGAAAAAUGCACCAAAGAUCAUCAUGACCCAGAAGCAAGAUGUAGAGUCAUCUGAUUCAUCUUCAUCCUCAGAAUCUGAUUCCUCUGGUUCAGACGAUGAUGCUAGCAGUAGCAGCAGCAGCGGUACCUCAGGGUCCUCCAGUGGGGAUGAAUCUUCUUCUGACAGUGAUCACAGCAGUGACUCUGAUAUGAAAAGGAAGAAGUCACAAAAGAAGAAAACAUCAGACAAAGAUACCAAGAGAAAAGAAGGAAGUAGAAAGAAACAUCUUACAAAGAAAAAAGAAAGGGGACAAUCAGAAAGGGAAAAUGGUACUGAAAGAAACCCAGGAAGAAAUGCUGACAGAAAUCCAAGAGACUCGAGUAGGAGAGAAGAGGCAUCAGAGAAAUUCUCUUAUGGCAGAGAAUAUUCCAGUGACAGGAACAGCUACUGGAGUGUAAAGGACAGGGAUCAGGAAAGAAAUGUGCCUUUUGAAAACAAAGCUAGCCAUUCUAAAAAGAAACAAGCAGAAAGAAAAAAUUCUUUUUCUGAUGAUGAAGGGAGGGACAGGCACUAUUCUAAAGAGGGGGAGCUCCACAGACAGAGAAAGAACAGAUCCAAGUCACGAGAGAGACACCGUAACUAUCCCAGCCCCAGGGAGGAGGAGGAACGUGGCCGAUACCAGGACCAAUUUAAAGAGUCAAGGAGAGAAGAAAACAGGAGAAAACAAAGGGAGGACUCCCCACGUAGGCGCAGAUGACUCUAAUACAGAGAUUUUGGCAUGUUACCUUUUGGUGAGAACUGUAUUUUUACAACAUACUAAACAUUUUUGAAAAGGACCUUUUGUACAGAUUCAUUGUAAACUGUUCAACCUUUUUAAUAUAUUCAGAAGUCCAUCUGUGUAUGAUCAUUGUAUUGGUGAAAGCUUUCUGCUAAGCUGCUGUUUAGUGGUGUUUGAAUCCAGGGGAAAUCAAAUCCAGUUUCUUUGGUCAAUAAAAAACAGUUAAAUUUUUUUUUCAUUGAAA